AUGGCUCCCCAACCAAAACGACCAGUCCUGACCAGCACGCUAUCUGCCUUGCUGUCAACGGCCACACGCUCUCGUGCUACCUCAAGGCCGGCACUACCCACUGAUCUCAACGCCGUCCUAGUCAAGUACGGUCUUACCCAUCAAGACCUCAAGAAAAUCGAGGAUGUGCUUAUCGACGUUGCUACUGAGGCAGGUAACAUCAUGGUGGCUGCGGAGUACUCCCUCGUCAUGACAGCCCAGACCAAAAACAACACGUCUGACCUUGUCACCGUGUUCGACAAGCAAAUUGAAGACAUGGCCGAGGCGCGCUUGCAAAAGGCCUACCCGUCCUUCUACUUCCUCGGGGAAGAGACGUUCAAGGCUGGGACCAAGCUGGCCGACGGACCAACAUUCGUGGUUGACCCGAUCGACGGCACCCUAAACUUCACACAGGGUGUCCCCAAUUGCGCAAUCUCACUUGCAUUAACGCUCGAUAAGAAGCCUGUUGUCGGUGUUGUGUUCAAUCCCUUUCGAGGGGACAUGUACCACGCAGUCAAAGGCCAGGGCGCGUUCUUGACAAGGCCUACCACGGGGAACACGGUUAAGCUUCCUGUUCAGCAGAACCCGAAGCCAAUGCCGUCACUCAACUCCUGCUUGGUGGCUGUCGAGUGGGGUAACCAGCGCAAGGGCCCUAACUGGGCACUACGCACUUCCGUCCAUAACGUCCUUCUGACGUCCAAAGAUGAAGGUGGCGCGAUGUGCAAGUCGGUACGAUCUAAUGGCUCCGCAGCAUUAGACUUCUGCUAUGUUGCACACGGAAUGCUCGAUGCAUUCUGGGAAGGUGGAGUUUGGUCUUGGGACGUGGCCGCUGGAUGGUGUAUCCUUGAAGAAGCUGGCGGAAUCGUCGCGAGUGCUAACCCUGGUGAUUGGGACCCAACGCUCGAGGGUCGUCUGUACUUCGCUGUGCGCAAUGCUAAGCCUGAGGAACAGAAGGCUGUAGUGGAGGAGCUUUGGGGAUUAAUGGGUGAUCGCAAGUUUGUGUUUUGA